CAUUAGGAUGGGAGAUGAUGGGUGCAUUUUAAGGUGGGGACAAUCCAACCCUGUCACUGCUGGGCUGAUGUCAGGACCAGGACUCACCUGCAUGCUAAGGUUUCUAACCCCCUGCUGGUACUAUGUGGGCAAGCUGCUGUAACUGGUUCUGUGUGGAUGGCUCCCCUGAGGAGAUGCAGCCGCCGCCGGCAGCCCGAGCCCAGGCCUACUCCAACCCUGGCUACAGCUCCUUCCCCUCUCCCACUGCCUCGGAGCAGAGCUGCAAAGCCUGUGGGCUGCACUUUGACAGCUCCUCCAGCAAGCACAUCUGCUUGGACUGUAAGAAGAACUUUUGCACGUCCUGCUCAAACCAGCCCGAGGGUGGGCCCCUGCUCUGCCACCUCUGCCAGCGCUUCCGAGCCACGGCUUUUCAGCGGGAGGAGCUGAUCAAGAUGAAGGUGAAGGAUCUGCGAGAUUAUUUGGCCCUCCAUGAGAUUUCCACAGAGUUCUGUCGUGAAAAGGAGGACCUGGUAUUCCUGAUCCUUGGCCAGCAGCCUGCAAUUACCCAGGAAGAUCAGAUAAGAACAAACACAUUUAAUACCAGUGCCCGUGAACAGCAAGACUUUGUGAGUCACCCCCCAGCCAACCUGGCCUCUCCUACCUCACACGAUGAGUCCUCAGUGUCUGCAGAUCCCAUCUCAAGUUCAGAAGCUCAGGAACACCAACAGGCCAAUGGUCACGUGCCUCCGAGCCCAGCCUGUGGAACAGCAGCUGAGAAUGCAGCAGAAGAAGCAGCAGCAGAGGAUGAGAUACAGUCCAGUGACUCCGAGGAUAACCUGGUGCUGGGCAGGAAGGCCUCCCUGUCUGACCUGACCAGCGUCGGGGACAUCAACGCGCUCUCGGUGCGGCAGCUGAAGGAAAUCCUGGCCCGCAACUUCGUCAACUACAAAGGCUGCUGUGAGAAAUGGGAGCUGCUGGAGAGGGUCACUCGCCUCUACAGGGAGAAGGACCUUCAACAUCUAGUUUUGGACACUGAUGAUCAAACUGGUGCUGCUGGGUCCCCCAGCACCGAGGACAACCUGUGCAGGAUCUGCAUGGACGCUGCCAUCGACUGCGUGCUGCUGGAGUGCGGGCACAUGGUGACGUGCACCAAGUGCGGGAAGCGCAUGAGCGAGUGCCCCAUCUGCCGGCAGUACGUGAUCCGCGCCGUGCACGUCUUCAGGACUUAGGGCCGGCUCUGGGCUCAGGCCUGCCGUGCCUUAGAGCCUCCGUGCUCGCAGGGAAAGGGCCAACAUCCCUGCCAACAGCCACCCUGGAGAUUAGCGCGGACCCUGCUGCCAGAGAGGGAAGGAGGAAGCCUGGGGAAAGUGCUCUGCUCAAGCCAUGCCCGACUCUGCUCAUCCCACCAUCGUGCUUUACACCACAGUGCCUGGACUCCUCGGAGCUCAUUGCCAGCAAUCAUUAACCACCUCCAUCCCAGGAUAAUUUGAGGACAGAUGGAUGCCCAGCUUUCCACCAGGAAGAUCAGCUCCAGAGGCUUUGUAUUUUCCUCUGAAUAAUAAAAGUGAACUGGGGUCUCAAAAAGUGUCCUUUGUUUUGCUGCUCAGGCUCUGCCCAGCAACAACUUGAUUUUCGAAGAUUGAAAUGUCACUGUGCUUGUUAAUUUUACUUUUAUUUUUAAUUUAAUGUUGUUAUGCUUGCAGGACAGGCAGACCAUCCCUGCUUUCCCUAAUUCCAGAGUAGUGCAAUUGUGGAAAAAUGUGUAAUUUUAUAUCAAGGUUGUCUUUGUAUUAUUGAAAAUUGUUGGGGAGGGAGGCUGGGAAGGCUCAGCCUUGCCCUGCGUGCUGGGUUUUUGUUUCUGUGCCAGAGGGAGGUUUCUGGUUUGAUUUUUGUCAACUUUAAUUUCACAGCACGUGCCAGAGGUGGGGCUCAGACUGAACUGCCCCCACCUGCUGAGGGAGCUACAAGUCCAAGGCUUAAGCCUUCCCCAGGGUUGGUGAGGAGACCACAGAGCUGCAGAGUAGUGAGGACUCCACUGCUACACAAUCAUAUUGAAGGACAGGUGACUUUUUCUUUUUUUAGAAGGGAAUCAUGGAAGAAAGCCUUUGUUUCCCUUGGAUCCAUGAGCAAUCUCCACUGCAGAUCAGCUUCCCCAUCCUCCCCAGGGCUCAGUUUGACAGUUGUUACCUUCCACUGCCUACAAAAGCAGUUUUGUCCUUUCUGCUGGUGAGGGUAGGGAGAGGCUGUGAUCCCUGACAGCUCCUGGGCUGUGUUCAGCUGGAGGAGUCUGGCAGUUCCUCUGGAGGUGAUUUUCUGGUGUAUUUUGCCCUCAGUGGCCUGCAGGCAGCCAGGGCUUCAGUGCUGCCCUCAGUGUCCCUCAGCACGGGUGGCACUGUGCCCAGGCCCCUCUGCAGAGCUGUCCUGGCUGCUCUGGCUCUGUGUUCCAGCCUGGCUGCCAGCAGGGAACAGCACAGAGCCAGGGGGGCUCUGCAGUGACUCCCCUCAGCUCCUGGGCAGUGAUGGCAGCAGCACAGUCACCCCUGUGCUCUGCAGCUCUGAGUGCAGGGGCUUUGCUCUGGGAGCUGCAGCCAAAGCAGCACCUGGGAUGAGAAAUCCAUGGCUCAGGAGGCAGCAGGAGAGAGCCAGGGAUGUCUCACUGAGGGGGUCUCAGAACUGCACCAAACUGCAGCAGCUGCUGCAUUGACUGAACUCAGCAUUCUGAGCCCUACCUCUGUCCCAGGUCAGGCUGUUCUUUAUUCUUUGACUAAAGAUUUAACAGAUCCAGCAGGAGAACACAGUGAACAAGUCAGUGCAUCCUGACAGAGAAAAGGGCAGCUAAGGAGUGACUCUGUCUGCUCUGCAGAGAGCACAGGGACCUCCAAGAGCUGCAGGAAUACACAAUGUGCUGAGCAGCCUCGUUUAGGAAAUCCACUGUGAAAAUUCAUGUUGUCAUAUUUUUCAAUAAACUCAGGGCUGGGGGAAUUUAGCAGGAAGAUGAUGAUUCCCCUAUGGACAGAUGUACUUUUCCUUGUUCAGGGUAGGUUUAUUGUCUACAGCAGUUAAAUCAAGCUGCAGAUCAAUGCCUGAAAUUUUAGGGAUGAGAAGAUCCACCCAACCCUGUGACUCCAAAAUGUGCUUUGUGAAGGGAGGACUCUUCUUGUUUCCCUUGUAAAAAUGGAUUCUCUACUUAUGGAUAUGAGUUGUUUUUAAAGGAAAAUCAAAACCUGGAGGAAACUGAUUAAUGAUCCAAAGGAAUAUAAUGUUCUGAACUAAUAAAGUAAAUGGAAAUAUUUAUGUGCUUUAUGUACACUGUACAUUGUUUAAAGAUUUUAAAACUUAAUAUUCUACUUGAAAGGGCAUGUUAUUCACUAUUAAAUCCUCUGGUACUAUGACAGUUCAACUUACUAGUUUUGGUACAGAAGUUUGGUUUAUAAUUUUAUAAUAAAGUUGAAUUGUGAUUUAGUUAA